AUGGCGGCCGUUAGUCGUAUUCGGGCUGAUUGGCAACUGAUGCGUUCUUUAUUUUAUGGUUGAUGCGUGAGAAAUGACGCUUCGUUCUCCAUUUCGCCGCGGGACUUGUUAUCGGAAGAGUUUGUACCGCUAAUUGCCGCGACCUUCGCCACCCUUUCAAAACUGUUCGACUGGCCGACAAGCCAAGUGAACGCGGUGUGUCGCAGCGGUUUUUUUCUUCAAAAGCGGGGUUUCGAGGGGACGCCGUGGAUCGCCGCUUCCGCGUUCUGUCCUGAAAGUCAUAUUGUGACACUGUGAAGUGCGCUCAUGAAGGGCAAAGGCAAAGGUUCCGAGGAGUGUCCGUUGCAGUUCCCGGACGUGAGUCCCGUAGACCACGUUCAGGAAUGCCCGCGCUACACGGCAAUCGCGCAGGGAGACUCUACGGUCUCGCUCGAGGACUUGGAGCCGCUGCAGCUAGAGCUCGAGACGCUACUGGUGUCGGUGUGCGAGAGACGAAGGCGCUUGGCUCACGAGACGCAGCUAUUACUAUCGUGGCAGGAGAAAAAGAUUCCCGUUGGCGGCAGCGGCGCACCUUCGGCACCAGGCAAACGUAGCCGAGUUUCACCCGAUGGCAAGCCUUCCAAGAAGUUCAGGGACGGCGGAAAAGUUUUCACAGGUGGGCGACCACCACGCAAGCAAGUGGCAUCAAGCUCAUCCACGUUGGCCACAGGUGUCACAACUGAGGAAGGGCCCUCAGUCGCACGUAAUGAUGCACCGAACCGUUUUUGGGCCUCGCUGGAACCUUAUUGUGGCCACGUGACGGCCGACGAUGUGCGUGCCCUGGAAGAGCUGAUGCGUGCCCGCGAGGAAGAGGCCUCGGAGUACCAGCGGGUGCCACCCCUUGGCCGCCACUACGCCCAGCGGUGGGCGCAAGAGGACCUUCAGGAGGAGCAAACCCAGGGGUCGCGAGCAGCAGGUGGUGGAGCCCAGGGAGCAAGGUCUCCGCAGCAGACAAGGGGUAGCCUGAACUGUGACAAUGCAUCGUCGGGAGGCAACAACAGCAAGGGAGGCGGCGGUGGGGAGCCCCUGGGGAGCCUGACACAGCGGCUCGUCUCUUGCCUGCUGGAGGAGAACCUCUUGUGCCCUCCCCUGGAGGACAACCAGCUGGGACCCCCUCUGGGUCCGAGCCCCGGCCUCGCUCAGCAGCUGGAGCGACGCGUUCGCCGAGAGCUUCGCGAGCACGGCCUUCUCACCGAAACCGACAACCCGGAUGAUCAGGUCUUGGCUGAGCUACGGAGAUGCCAAGCAGAGCUCCGGAGCAUCAGCAAUCGAAACGGAGCUCAGCUCAAUGCGCUUCUGAGACGUGCCCGCGAGAGCCUUGCCCAGCAGGAACUGAACCGCCGCUUACGGGUGGCUGACCAUGAACUCCUCGACGCCUGGCGACGCAUGGCUCAAGCACGACAGCGCAAGAAGACACCAUCUAAGAAAGACCGCGACCUGGCUGCAAAGGCGCUGCGUGAUCGACAAGCCCUCCUCAAGCAGCGACCAUCAUCUUUGCAGCGAUAACCCCUCCUUCGAAAAGAAGUGUCAGUUGCUUGUCUAUCUGCGUUUGCAACCUUUGGAACAACCUCUGUUUGUUUGGCUACCUCGAAUCUGUCAUCAGCCUCUUGGACUUGAGGUUCUAAGAAGGUGCAGGAGGGGAGGACACUGUGUCUUUAAUGAACAAAGCAUCCAGGAAGGAAUGAAAGUUCGACGAGAGAGAGAAAGUGUGCCAUCCUAAAUUGCAACAUAGUUGCUCCACUUGGGCAUGGUAGACGUCCUCAAGUUGCAUCCACAAUUGGAACUCAAGACACGUGAUCAAUUGCAUGGUGUGUUGCAGUGAAGACUAAGGGCAGCGAAAGAGUGUGUCUGCAAAAUAUGGUGCUGUCAUCAGAACAUGAUGUACUGUACCUUUGAGUUUCCACUGGACAUUUUUUCACACCUCUCUUUCGUGUGUGUGUGCAUGUAUGUGUGAAAGUUCAUUUGCAUGCUAUAGAUAUACAGUAAUCCCUCGUUAAAACGAAAUCGCUUUACUCGAAAUAUCGCUUUAUUUCAAAUUUCUUCCGGUCCCGACCCAAUCGCAUGCAUAUUAAGGCGCAUUACUCGAAGCGCGCGAAGAGCCUGAUCCACUUAGAACGAAGUGGCGAUCGGAGGUGUCGCCGAGCGGCGGCGACCCUUUUGUGCAUACAGUGUCAAAUUAGUGCCGCCGACGUCUCAAGCAGGCCCAAAACAGCCCACAAAGGUACCAAACCCACGACCCAUUACCGCCUAGUAACGGGUACCAAGCGAAUGCCCAAUGUUCCCAGCUGUUUACAGUCGCCAAUGGAUUUUUCGGACAACAAAAAUAUGAACUUCGUGGAUGUUUCGAACUUCAUAAAUGCACUGCCAAGGUUCCCAUAGCACUAAUACAUUUUUGCGACCGAUUUUUUCGGAAAGCUUUAUGCUCUAAAGUUCGAUUUUUCAGACUGAGUCACUCGUUUCGAGCCACACCGCAUGGUUUUGAAAGCCGCCGUGUUGGAUUUUCCACUGCCUGAGUGAACUUUGGCUUGGCUUCCAGUGUCUAAUUGUGUAUCCUCCAAGAUUGGCAGUGCACACAAUUUUGCAGUUUCGGAGGCCAUGCCCGCUCUUCCUUAGCUGGCAAAACGCUCUAGGGGACGCAACUUUUCUCUUUCAGUCAGCCUUAUCGUCAUCAUUAAUACACUGGUAGGGUUUUUUUUUUGUGCGUUAGUUUUUCCAGUUGUCAUUCCGCACGUGGUCGUACUCGUGGUGUGUCAGGUGUGUGUGAGACGUUGUGCGCAUCAGAUUUUUCUCUGCCGUCGCGGUGGUUACGGCGCUCGGCUACUGACUUGAAACAGGUGGGUUCGAUCGCGACCGCGUUUCGAUGGAGGCGAAAUGCUGCAGGCUCGCGUACUGUGCGAUGGCAGUGCAGGCUUAAGAAACCCGCACCGCGUCAUUGAAUUCCAUCAACCAGACGAGACGUGACCGGCAUCUUUUUGUGACCGGCGUCAAAUUUUGAGUGCUUGGUACCAUGGAGCCACCAACUGUGCCGCCCGCAUCGGUCGGCGGCAGCAAUCGCGAACGCUCUAACGAUGUUACUUCAGCCCGAAUACAACCAAAUCUGCUCGUCCCCAAGCGUAACACGAAGCAGAGCAUGACUGGAGAUUUUUUAGGCUGCUCUGAUCCAAGUACACUUCAUUUUAAUGUAUUAACAACUUUUUAGGGCUAUUUUGCCGUCACCGCCAGGUCCCCAAAAUCGGUCGGCGAUUGUACUGCGGAGCAAACGGUAGUUGUCAAAUUCCACAGUGAAGCACGUCAGAACUAUUAAUUUCGGUCGUAAUCGCAUUGCUGGAGUCCCCCAAGAUUGAAUCUAUACGAAAAUAAAGUUUUCCUGGUGCUUUGCGAUGGCAGAAAACGACGGAUGCCGAAAAGUAGCCAAAAGACCACGCGCUGACCUGCGCCAUAGCGUUGCAUGGGGUGCGCUGUGUGAUUGGCAAUGUGAUUGUGUUAUUCAGAGUGCUUUUUUUUCACCUGAACAAAGUUUUGCUGCACUGAAUACAUUGUGUUCUGACUUCAUCGCAGUAAUAGCGCCAUUAAAGCUUGACUGCUCUAGCUAUUCUCGAGUGGUCGCUUAUAUCGAAAUACCGCUUAUAACGAAUUUUUUCGCCGUCCCGCUGACUUUGUUAUAACGAGGGAUUACUGUAACUUGUUUUCUUCUGUUCAUUGGCAUCACAUUAUCGGAAAACGCAUAAGAUUGUGUGUGUUUGCAUAUGCAUGAAAGUUCAUCGGCAUGUGGUGGAUACAGCUAAUGCUUUUUCUGUUCAUUGUCAUCAUGUCAUCACAUUACUGGAAAACAUAUAAAAGGCAGCAGCACUGUACACGGACUUGAAUCUGUCAUUCCUGCUAGUUUGUAAUCUGUACUCUCUAUUGGCCUCAAAAAGUUUGUGCUAUGUAGCAUUAUUGAACGUUUGCAUGCAAGCUGACUGGAGUAGCUUGGCAGCUUUCGCCUUUCGGUUACCGUCAGCUGGUUCUGCAACUUGUGGGAACACACCGCAGAACGUGCCUGGAUCUCAGAGUUGUUUCAGCCUUAUCGAAGACACAUCUGUAAUGCACUAAAGGAUCUGUACUGUACUGAGCACUCUACAGCCGGAAUCACACUUGUCUAGAGCGGCCAGUCAGCCCAUUGAGCUGCUGUUUUUUGCAAAAAAUAUGCAGAGACUGACGCCGUACUGUUACCAAACAUAGUCCUACUGCAUGCUAGGUCCGUGUGCUAUAUUUCAAGCAUAAACGGAAACUUGUAGCUAACGCGAGGUAGCAGCUGCGAAUGGCGCCAGAAUCCACAGCCACGCACUCAACCGCUUUAGACAAGUGUGAUUCUGACUGUACAAUGUAGAGUGCUAAGAAUAGGCGACUCUAGUUCAAUAAUGACAAACGGCCAGCAAGAACCCACUGCACAGGCCUAUGUAACAUAAGAGUAGUCUCAUAAAUGCCUCAUAAAUGUUUUGCCACGUUUUUGCUUUACCUUUCAAAACCCCCGAAAUUAUAACACGCGAAUCGCUUUACGUGGAGCCCCACCUAAGCUUCCUCCACAGGUAUGCUUGUCGCUCGCUGUGUUCCCUGCACAGCUGUGCAGCGAAAUGACAAACCACACCUGGAGCUUAUGCUUGGUCACUCUCUCACCAGUAUAUUUAGUCACCAGUGCACUUUAGUAUUGCACUACCUCUGGGAUCAGCCUUCUUUUGUGGCCGCAUCUAAUUGUCGUUCUCUAAAACCUAAUAGACC